UUACAGAAGCAGCCGACGUUUCUAUUGUGAUUUCGCGAUUACACGUACACCUCAGGUAGCCUCUGCUUUCUACAAUUUAGUUGUUGUCAAGAUGUUCCUCGGCGCAUGCUACCGCUACUUGGUAUGUCCGACAAUAGCGUUGUCUGUUACCACACUUUUCCUACUCAAAAUCAGCAAACGAUUUCGAGAGUUUUUCUUCGCUCGAAUAUUCAGUGUCAUCGUUAGUCCGCUGCUCAAAAAAUCGUUUGAAGGCUUGCGCAAAGCGAUUAUGCAAGAACUGGACAGCCUCGAGUCCAACGACGUACAGUUAAGGAAAGCUGGCAGCAUCAGGGUCCUGGAAGUCGGCAUCGGCACAGGUGGCAAUUUCCAGUUCAUCAGUAGAGAGAUCAAUCUCAUUGCUGUGGACCCAAAUGUAUCAUUUGAGUCUGCUCUAAUGAAAAGUCUUGCGGGGCACCCAAACAUCCAUCUAGAGCGACUCGUCGCGGCUCUAGGCGAAGACAUGCACGAAAUACCGGACUGUAGCGUCGAUGCUGUCAUCCUGACGCAUGUCCUGUGUUCUGUCACUGAUGUCAAGAAGGUUAUAGGCGAAUCGAAGCGUGUCCUAGUGCCUGGCGGAAAGCUUUUGUUCAUGGAACACGUUGCCUAUUCGGAAGGCAGCUGGAUAUUGCUGGUGCAGAAGCUUCUCGAUCCGCUAUGGGAGCUCAUGGCGUGUGGCUGUCACUUGAACCGAUCACCUGCUGAAGAAAUUAAGAGCGCAGGAUUUUCGCAAACCCAGAUUAAUGUUGUAGAUCUCCCAAUAAUUUCUGUAAUUAAAAGACACAUUUAUGGCGUUGCAACGAAAGGUGCAGACUGAUCACUACACUGGAUGUAGUGAUCAGUCAGCGUAAGCGACUGGCAGGCGGUGAAAACAUUUUUGAAUAAACGAACAUUUCCAACCA